AUGCAAUCACCAGACACUGCCACUGCCACUGCCACGGCCGCCUCCAUUGAGCCGGAGAAGAGGUACGACGAUUUUGCCAGGAACGACGAGGAUGACUUUUACGGACGCAACGGCGACGAUAACCGCGUGCACAAGCGGAUCUUGCUCCAGCGGUUCACCAUCUACAACUCCACCAAUACCAUCUACAUAGUCGGGAGCAACGCCAAGGAGUCCUUGUACCGGAUAAUGGAGAUUGGAAGGGACUCCGAGGACGAAACGCUGCUUUCUUUCAUUGAAGAUAAGAACUAUUUUUAUACGCGAAAGGAUGUCAUUGAGUUGCUCAAUUCUUUAAACGAUUCGAUAGAUGGGGGCAUUCACAAGUUGGCGCAUGGCUAUGGCUUGCUUGGCCUCAUAAGGUUCACCAAGGGGUACUAUUUAAGUCUAAUCACCAAAUGCUCCCAGGUUGCCAUUAUCGGGGGCCAUUAUAUUUAUCACAUCGACGAGACCAAGCUUGUGCCCUUGGGCACCAACUACAAGAAACCCGAGAAAUACAGCGAUGAGGAUAAGCUAUUGUCGAUAUUCAGGUAUAUGGACUUGGGCAAGACUUUUUAUUUCAGCUACAAUUACGACAUUACCAAUUCGUUGCAAACCAACAUCAUGCGGCACAAGAUGCGCAACCACGAUGACUCGGCUCAAUCUGGCAACAACAACAACAGCAGCAGCAGCGGCUGCUGCGGCUGCGGCAACAAUAAUGAGCUCUACCGCAGCUUUGAGCAUAACGAUAGGUUUGUGUGGAACAAUUUGCUUUUGCGGCCGCCGUUGCAGAAUGAAGACGUGGCAACGUACGAAUGGUUCCAGCCCAUCGUGCAUGGCUUUAUCGACCAGGCCAACAUCAGCAUCUACGGCAAAAAGUUUUACAUCACCAUCAUUGCGCGACGAUCGCACCACUUUGCCGGGGCCCGGUUCUUGAAACGGGGCACCAACAAUAUGGGCAAUGUGGCCAACGAGAUUGAGACCGAGCAGAUUGUCAGCGAUAUGUUGACGACGAGUUUCCACGAUACCAAGUACGGCAUGUACAACAACCCCAGAUACACCAGUUUUGUCCAGCACCGAGGCUCGAUCCCGUUGUACUGGACUCAAGACAUGAACAAAUUGCCCAAACCGCCGAUCAAGGUCAAUUUGCCCGACCCCUAUUAUCAGAGCUCGGCUCUCCAUUUCGAUAACUUGUUUUACCGGUACGGCUCGCCGGUGAUUAUAUUGAACUUGAUCAAACAGAAGGAGAAACAGCCGCGGGAGCUGAAGUUGAACGUGCAGUAUAUCAACUGCAUCAGGUACCUCAACCAAUUUCUCCCCCAGGAGAGUAAACUCCAGUAUCAUGCGUUUGACAUGUCGAAGCACUCGAAAAAGAACCUUGAUGUGAUUACCCCUUUGCAGGAUAUAGCCACUGAGGCCAUCGACCAAAUUGGCAUUUUCCACAACGGCACCACUUUGGCGCGGACCAAGUUGCAACUGGGGAUCAUUCGCACCAACUGUAUAGACUGCUUGGACCGGACCAACGCGGCGCAGUUUAUCAUUGGCAAAGAGGCCCUCACAAAGCAGUUGCAAAGUUUGAAAAUCAUCUCGCAGGACAAGACGCUCGAUUACGACUCGGACUUGAUCAACAUCUUGACGGAAAUAUUUCAUGACCAUGGCGAUACUAUCGCGAUACAAUACGGCGGAUCCAAUUUGGUCAACACCAUGGACUCGUACCGGCGGAUUAAUCAGUGGUCGUCGCACACGCGGGACAUGUUGAACAGUAUCAAGCGGAUGUACUCGAAUUCGUUUAUGGACACGAUACGGCAAGAGUCGAUCAAUCUCUUUUUGGGUAAUUACGAGUAUUCGCCUGAUAUGCCGAAACUUUGGGACUUGGCUAGUGACUUUGCGUUGCAUAAUGACUUGUCGAUUGAUUACAACUCGCGGGCCAAGAGGAGUUAUACGUGUUGGUACAACGAAAGAAACCUCGACCGGGGGAGAUUCAGAAUCGACGUGAAGCCAGAAACAAAAGGAGGCGAGGUGGAAGAUGAGCUCCCUAAAGUUACCGAUAUAAGCGACAAGUGGUUCAAUGAGUGCUACAUUCCUCGGAAGUACCAAUCAUUUGGCGAGAUUUUCCAAUACGGGAUGAACUCCAACUCGCGGUAUUUCCCACUGGGCGGAGUACAGGGACUCCAGGCCAACGGCGCCGGCAAAUUGGUUUGCUUCGAUUACAGUCCAUUUGAAAGCCGCAAGUUUCGCAAUGGCGAUAAGCGGGUUGGCGAGCAGGAAUUGUCGUAUCUCGAGCAUGACGAUAGCAGUGACAAUGUGGCGCAGGCCGACGAUUCGAUGACCAAGUACAAUCCCAAGAACAUCAAGAAUUUCCUAGCUUCGAAGAUUACGCUGAAGUUGAAGAAUAGGGAGUAUGCCGCGAUAGGGGCCUACUCGAGGGAUGGCAACUCGCCCAGCUCGCGCGAGAGCAACUCCAACGGUGGUGACGACAACGAACAAGAAAGAGGUGGAAGAGAACCAGAACGACAAGUAGAUGAUGAUGGCGAUGAUGAUGAAGUUGGGUGUUGGCGUUUUCGAGUCAGCGACGAAGACGCCAAACUAUACCAAGCGCAAUUCGACUGCAGUACAAUCAUGAACCAGAAAAGACAAAAAAUGCAAAAAGCAUCAUCCAACGUGUCCAUGUCCAGCACCACCAAACUCAAGCCCAAGGCGCAGGACCAGGAGAUGUAUAAUUUCUAUUGUAGCGAGCUAGUUACACGGAUACGCGAUGCCCACAAUGGCAACUACUUGGACAUGAAUCUUAUCCCAACUAGGGACUUGAAGAUGUAUGGGAGUUAUUGCCAUGAGUAUAAGGAGGAGAUCGACUUGAGCACCGACUUUGAAUACAUCUGA